CUAAAUUGUCAAGGUAGUAGACAUUGUAGACGCUCGCUCCUGUUCGUUGAUGCUUCUGAUAUCACAUUCACUUAAAAAAAAUUUAAGUGCGCUCAGUUGAGCGUGGGGUGUCUAUCAUAGAAGAAUUAUUUUUACUUCGCGGUUUUUAUUUCAAUUUACUUAGAAUAAUCAAUGCUGUAGUGAUCGUGAUUUAUUUAGUUUUAUAGGAUUGUGAAUGAAAAAUUGUACCAAGGUUCUUCGCAAGGAAAACUUCGAACCAAGCCAGUAGAACCCGAUGACCAUACAGUACCAGUUGUUCUAAACUUAAACUUCUAGAAAACCAAGAUGACCUAUGUAGAACAACCCCCUUUUAAGCCUCCGUCCCCAACACCUCCCAGUGACCUUAAUCAAAAUACCAAGCCCACUUUCCUCAAAAAUGAACCUAAACUAUUAAAAUCGACAGCGGACAUUAUACUUUUCCUGUUGGCAUCGGCGUUUUACAUCCUCAAAGCAAUAUUUAAGUACUGCUUGCCGAAAAAGUACAUCACUCUAAAGGAGCUUAAUGGAGAGAUAGCACUGGUAACGGGAGGAGGUUCGGGUCUUGGAAGAUUAAUCGCGUUAAGGCUGGGAAAGUUGGGAGUGAAAGUAGUCUUGUGGGAUGUCAACGUAGAAGGUUUAAAUGAAACUGUCAGUUUGGUUAAAGGAAUAGGCGGAAUUGCUUAUGGGUAUAGAUGUGAUCUGUCGGACAAAGAUGAUGUCUACAGGGUGGCCAGAAAGACAAAACAAGAAGUUGGAGAUGUAACUCUUUUGAUUAACAAUGCCGGAGUCGUGUCAGGAUCAAUUUUAUUAGAUACACCAGAUCAUAUGAUUAAACGGACGUUUGAUGUCAACAUAGUUUCACAUUUUUGGACUGUCAAAGCAUUCCUACCCGCCAUGAUCAAAAAAGAGCACGGACAUAUCGUCACGGUAGCUUCAAUGGCCGGACAUGUUGGGAUAAACAAACUUGUCGACUACUGCUCCUCUAAAUUUGCAGCAGUUGGUUUUGACGAAGCAUUGAGAGUGGAACUUGAAGCACAAGGUGUAAAAGGAGUAAAAACAACAGCAGUUUGUCCUUACUUCAUCACUUCAACUGGAAUGUUUGACAGUGUAGAUUCCAGAUUCCUGCCAAGGCUGAAUUCCAAUGAUGUAGCAGAUAGAAUUAUUGAGGGCAUUAGGGCGAACGAAACAAUGGUUCUUAUACCUGGUGGAAUGAGAUGGGGACUUAUUAUGAAAUCGCUUAUCCCGUGGACUGUGCUUUCACUCUUUUUAAGAGGAUUGGUGCCAGAUGCAGCUCCUCAACCACCCCAACCUAUUACCACUUUAACAUCAAGGCCGGAAACCAAGGAAGUAGAAUCAGAAGAAGAACUUAAGGAUUUAGACAAGAAUAUAUCCAGCAGCUUGACUGACUCAAUGUGUAAAUUGACACAUCGAUAUUCACCUACUGGAAAAAAUUUAUGAAAAUGUUGCAUUCGCAUUUUUUAAUGAGGAAAAUUUGGAGAAAAAGAGGCGGUUUUUUAAAAUAAUUCUACCCUCUUCAUUUUCCCAAAAAGUGAUAUUUUGUAGACUUAGAACAUUUUGCCUUAAUGUAAUGAAUAUACUAGUGUACUUAAGUUGUUUUAGAUUGAUGUAAUUUUUAUGGUAAAGAUAUUUUAUCGAUAUAAUUCGUAUCUAUAUUUUAUAAGCUGUAUGAAAGCUUUUACAUCAUCGACAAAUUUAUGUAUCAUUGAAGAUUUAUUGGUGAUUUAUUAUUGUCCUAAACCUAAAAUAUUAAUAACCCUUAUUUUUAAGGGUGAAUCUGUAUAUAUAUUUUAAUUACUAAUAAUAACGCUUUAUUUUAAGAUU